CCUAAGGUCGAGAUGGUAAUUCAGUGGCAAAACUGAAAACAGGAAAGGUUGUUUUGUUUAGGAUUUGAUAAGAUGGGACCCACUGGCUGAUUUAACCGGUUACAUCUAGUUUUCGGUUUCAUCGCACGUCCAAUGAGACACAAAUACCGUAUCCUUCUUUUAAACUGUAUUUUCACCUACAGCUAGCAAACAGCAAUGAGUCCGACUUCAAGCACCGCUACAUCUCUCACGGUUGCCUCAAACGGCGGACCUGUCUCCACAAAGGGCAGUCUCCAGCGCCUCUUCAGCCAUGUCAAAAUUGAAAAUUUGGCUGCAGGACUAAGUGGAGGAGUCGUGUCAACGCUCGUGCUUCACCCCCUGGAUCUUGUCAAAAUUAGAUUUGCAGUUAGCGAUGGACUGGCUUUACGACCUAAAUAUGCCGGUAUGUUUCACUGUAUGAGAAGCAUAUGGCAGCAGGAAGGACUCCGAGGACUUUACCAAGGCGUGACCCCUAAUAUUUGGGGUGCUGGAGCUUCAUGGGGUCUCUAUUUCUUCUUUUACAAUGCAAUCAAAGCAUACACCAAGGAAGGUCGCCAAGCGGAGUUGAGUCCUACCGAGCACAUGCUGUCAGCAGCACAAGCAGGAGCAAUGACAUUAUGCAUUACCAAUCCGAUCUGGGUAACAAAGACGCGCCUCGUUCUGCAGUACAACGCCGAUCCCUCAACGAAGCAGUACAAGGGCAUGGUAGACGCGUUGGUGAAAAUCUACAGACAGGAAGGAGUCCCUGGACUUUACAGGGGGUUCGUCCCUGGUUUGUUUGGCACUUCCCACGGUGCACUGCAGUUCAUGGCCUACGAGGAGCUGAAGAGAGAGUACAACAAAUAUAGAAAGAUGCAAUCGGAUGCUAAACUGAAUCCCCUGGAGUAUAUCACAAUGGCCGCUCUGUCCAAAAUAUUUGCCGUGGCAACGACGUACCCGUAUCAGGUGGUGAGGGCGCGUUUACAAGAUCAACACAACAAGUACAACGGGGUGCUGGACGUUAUCGGCAGGACGUGGAGAAACGAAGGUCCUUUGGGAUUCUACAAAGGCAUGGUGCCCAAUUUGAUCCGUGUGACACCGGCCUGCUGCAUCACGUUCGUGGUUUACGAGAAUGUGUCCCGAUUUCUCUUCGGCCAGUGAGAGUGGUGGGGUUUGGGGGGGGCGCAGAUGAAGAUUGGCUGUAACGAGAAAAAGACAGGGGGGCGCCAGUCCACGAGCAAGCAGCUCGGCACGGACGACCGCGCUGACCGCGCUCCUUCCUGAGCUGCGUCAUUGUGGUGGAAGUGACGGAGUCAUGGAUGUCAGCCGUAGCUCGGGGGGGGAAGUGGAGGAAACGGAAGAUUCUGGAAACAAUUUCUUCCCAAUAAUAUCAGCAUGCAGUGGGUUGUGUAUUGCUGCAACAUGUGAAAUUCAAAGAAUUGCGUUUUCUUGUGCUAUGUCAUAAGCAUUUGAUUUGUCUCUUGUGCAGAUGAGAUCAAAUGCCUCACUGUCUACGUAUGUAGACAGGAAAAUAUCCAAAACACCACGGAGCUGCUGCGCGUUAGAAUGUGAACUGAAAGCCGGGAAUGGAGACCGAGGUUGAAAUUUCAUAAGAAUACAUAUGCUUUUUGUAGGAUGACAAACUUAUUUGAUCUCUGUACGACGCCUCGUAAUGUCACGUCGCGUUUCCAUGGUAAACUGGGCACGAGUUAAUACCAG